AUGCCACGUGUGGCAGCAUUCCUGAGAGAGCAGCAAGUUGAAGCUGGACCUGCGUCAGAGAGAUACAUGGCUGUCACACAAGCACGACUACCUGAAGGAGCCCCCUUACAGGUACCGGACAGCAUCACCUUCCGUCAGCUCCACCAUAUUGAUACCCAGCAAGCAGCUGUGGAUGCUGCAAUGACCGAGGAGCAGCUACAAAGAGCGUGCGAAUAUCGAGUCGUGCGUAUUAAGCUUCACGGUGCAGUGGUACCCGUGCAGGUGAAAUAUUGGAGAGUUACGAGACGCACUCGAGCUACCGAAUUAUAG